CCCAAUUUGUUCUUCUGGUCUUCUAUAACUGACUAUGCUUAGACCGCACAUGCUUUAGCAAAGUACCCAAACUCGGAGGAGCCGGAGCAUUGCGUACGUUUAUAAUAUGGCUAUAUUAUUAAUCUCUGAAACUGACUUGGUUACUUCAUAGGGCUGGAGCGUCGCAAACAACACAGACAAGGCCGUUUUUCGAGCCCUAUCAGACAUGCCCGAACGCGCAGGCCGGUUCGCAGGGGCAAUGAAAUGGCUCGGACACGCACCGGCAUUCUCACCACAAGGUCUAGUCAAUUUAUUCCCCUGGAAGCCUGAGUCCGACAGUUCUCAGUUCACGGUGGUCGAUGUCGGGGGUGGUCUGGGCCAUGUCUCUCAUGCACUGGCUGCGUCCGAGCAUGGGUCGAAGGCGCAUUUCGUUGUCCAGGAUUUGGCCGAUAUUGUGGACAAGGGCCAGUCUGCGCUUUCUGGUAAGGACCUUCAGGAGAAAAUUCGUUUUCAGGUCCAUGAUUUCUUCGAAGAGCAGCCGGUUCAUGGGGCGGAUGUGUAUUUGCUCCGUAUGAUUCUGCACGAUUGGUCUGAUAAGUACGGGAUCAAGAUACUCCGAGCGCUGGUCCCGGCGUUGAAACCUGGUGCGAAGGUCGUUAUUAAUGAUCGCGUUAUCCCGGGACGUCAUCAAGUGCAUUAUAGGGACAGCGAUAUGUUUAUGCUGAGUUUCCAAAACGCACAAGAACGGACGGAGAGUGACUGGAGGGAGCUUCUGAUAGCAGCCGAUGGGCGGUUCGAAGUGACAGCAGUUCAAAGGCCCGUUGGAUAUGUGCUUGGUGUUGUUGAGGUGACCUGGAGGGGAUCAUCGGGAAUGGCUUAAUAGUAGUCGAAGUAUACUGAAUAUAUGGAAGUAUCUACAGCAGUCAAGAAUCAUCCAGUGUAAACUCAAUUUGGAGCUGAAGCAAGAUACAUCAUGUCUGGUAGACGGCGAUUAUGGAUCGGGCACUCGGGGAUCAGAGCGGCGAAGUCCAGCCCCACCCACUUUAUAUAUUUAUAUAUCCCCUCCUCGCCCCUCUCCAACUCUCACCACAAUCCUAAUAAGAUAUAAGAUACAUUCUUCAAACCACCAAAAUGUGUAUGAAAGCUACUUGCUCCACCUGCCGUAUGUCUUUCCUGUUAUAUCACUGUUCACAUGCUAAUAAUCACAGAAAAAACUACCUGGUGGGGAUGCGGCGCCCACAUCCCCGCAGUGCUGGAC